AUGGCAUCAAAAUCUUUAAGAUUCGUAGGCUUCCUUCUGGUAGCCGUCACGAUAUUUUUGUUUGUAACAAAUUGGUCAGCCGUCAAGGACAGCACUAGACAAAUUAUCACACCAAAGAUAGCCCUGUUGCAACCAUCACUACCAUUGGGAGUUGAAGAUACAUUGGAGAGGUGUGUAACCAUGGCUUUCGACCAUCUAUCUCCGGCACCCGCAGAGGCACCGGCACAAUAUCUUGCAACGUUGUCAGAUAAAAGGCCGGUGAGCUUGGUGGAUUCGAUUAUUUGUAAGGACAUCUUUCGGAUGGUUUACGUGUAUCGUUCCACGCAUGGUUACUUGCCUAGUUACUAUGUUAAAGCCCUGGAAAAGGUUCCCAAAUUCAAGAACAACCCUUCGGCGCUGAGUGAAUUCCUUUGCCGGAUAGCUCCUCAUAGCAAUCACUUCUUGGGUAGUCCUUGUCGGAGCUGA